AAUGCCUGAUUUAUUUAUAGAAUUGCGAAGUUGUCGACCCGAACCGGAAACCGUAUCCGUAAACCCAUACCCAUAUAUCCGAAUUGGUCACAUCCAUAAUACUGUACAGUUUUCCCUCCAAUACUGAAUAGUCAAAAAUGGAGCUGGAGCCCUGGGAAGCUUUAGAUCUCGACGAUUCCGACCUUCCUUCUCUCCUCCGCCCCUGCAAACGACGACGUUCCUCCUCUCCUGCCGCCUCCGACAACCCUCCUUUGCAGCCAGCGCUCGAGCAACUACCAGCUUCCUCCUCGCGCCGCCCCGCUAUUCCCGGCCCCGCCGGAGCUGUCCACGCCGCGAUGCUCCGCAAAAAUCACGACCGCGAGAAUCACAAUGUCUCCGACCAUGAUAAUGGUAACGACGGCCUACUUUCUACCCAAGACUACAUACGGAAGGCCAUGGACGAUACUGCGGAAUUCGAUGAUGACUUCUCUCGCCAUCCUUGGCUUUCUGCCCUCCAGUUUCUCGGUACUGCAGAUGGUCUGAUUCCGAGCACACCUAUCAGCUCUAUCAAGAAAUGUUUCAAUGGCGACAAGGUUGAUCAGGUUGUAGCUGUUGUCAAGUCAUGCACUCCUAAUGGUCUUGGGGGUUUGUUAGUUUCAUUGAAGGACCCAACUGGUACAAUUGGUGCUAGUAUUCACCACAAGGUCCUCUCCCAAACUGAGUUUGGCAAGGAGUUAACUACUGGUGCAGUUCUAAUACUUCAGAAGGUUGCCAUCUUUGCCCCUGUGAGGUCAGCACGUUAUCUCAAUGUAACAACGAGGAAUUUAGUGAAGGUAUUCUGCCGAAACAAGGGAUCCACUUCAGAACUUCAUAAAUCUGUUCAGCCAGUCCAGUACGCUGAUCCUGAUAUCGAAUCUAGUCGAAAAGCCAGAGCUGUGGAGAAGGUGUCCUCCAUGCAAAAGGUGGUACGCGAAGACACUGAGAUGAGACACUGCACAAGAACUGAGGAUUCCCAAAAUGAUAAUGUAAUCCAGAAGCAGAACAUUUUUGCUGGAAGCAGUCAAUCCAAUAACAGAGACAGCUCAAACGUAACUGCAGCCGAGAGAGGAGGGUACAUUAAUCUAAGCCAGCACACUAGGAUUGCUGAAGACGAACAGGAGACUGUUAACGGCACCAAAAGAGGCACAAAGGGAGGUAACUUGGAAGGUAGCCUCCUCAAGGACACUGAUAAUAUGGCCAGCCCUGUUGCAGAAACUACAGGUGAGAAAGGUCGAGAGACCAAUCCAGUGCAAAUGCAAAGGCAGCCUCUAAUGUCGACAGCCACUCUGCCACAGUGGACAGACGAACAGUUGGAUGAACUUUUCGCUGGCGAUGAGGAUGAUGGCUCUUUAUUCUAACAAGGAAUAAGGUUUGCAAAAGGUUUUUUUGUCGAAUACUACAAGACAUUACCAAUCUUGACAUCUUGAAGCUGCCAAGAUUCAAUGGAGAAAAAGAAUCAUAGACAUCCAAUGAUGAAUAUCAGAGAAGUAUCUUGAUCCACAUGCUUGCUUAGGCCAGUAGGAUUACUGCCACUGUAUAGCCUAAACAUAGGAAUUGAAGGAAUUUAACAAAUGAAACUAUCAUGCUUCCUUAGCACACAUAUAUAGAAGGAAAGAAACGACAGCAAUUUUUUUUGUUUACUAUGUAUGUUUGCUGCUUCAUUCUUUAAUAUUAGUCGAAUGUUUUAAACUGCCAA